UCUUUGCUUCUAUUGGAUAAGCGAUUUUUUCAAAACCUUAAAAAAAAAAAAAAAGGGAAACUCUCUGUUUUUAUUUUUAUUUUUUUAGCAUUUUCUCAGGAAAGUAAAAGCAGUGACAUAGGUAUUGGAGAUGGAAGAAGAAGGAGCUCUCCUCCUCACAACCCUCUUCAAGUUUAGUGUAAUCCAGAAAAACCCAGAAGAAAAAACAGGAAAUUUCUUUGAUUUUCUUCACUGAUCAAGGCUAGCUUUUCUCUGUAGAUCUGUGGAGAGCUCUGUUUUUUUCCAUCUAUCCUUUGUUCUACUGAUAUGGGUUUUCAGACUGGUUAAUUUUAAUGGGAACCAUUCCGAAUCUCAGUUGGAUUCAUAGCAUGUGAAAGCAUGUGCUGUGGAUCUGAGUGGUUAAAGUCAACACUGCCUUCAACACAAUCUUUUAUUUCUUUUGAAGAUAGUAGACAUCUCAGUAUGAAUAUGAAUCACUUGACUAUAGAGACUGAAGAUACUUUUGCAAGCUUGCUUGAACUCGCUGCCAAUAAUGAUGUUGAGGGCUUUAAGCGAUCUGUUGAGCGUGAUCCUUCCUGUGUGGAUGAGGUGGGACUGUGGUAUGGCCGGCAGAAGGGCUCGAAACAGAUGGUCAACGAGGAGAGGACCCCUUUGAUGGUUGCUGCCACAUAUGGCAGUCUUGAUGUUAUCAAACUUAUUCUUUCAUCAUCGGAUGCUGAUGUCAACUGCUCCUGUGGCCACGACAAAAGCACCGCCCUUCAUUGUGCUGCUUCUGGUGGGGCUGAGAAUGCUGUGGAUGUUGUGAAACUGCUUCUAGCAGCAGGUGCUGAUCCGAACUUGGUGGAUGCGAAUGGUUAUCGUCCUGUUGAUGUUAUUGUCGUUCCUCUAAAGCUUGGAGCUGUGAAAUUAACACUUGAAGAGCUUCUUGAAACUGAGAGUUCCAUUCUGGAGCGCAAUCUAAGGGUUUUGACAGCCACUGUAAAUUCAAACUCUCCACCUCUUUCACCUCGGGAGAAUGGAUCCCCAUCAUCUGCUUCAGGUUCCCCUCUAAAGUCAAGGUUAAAUGGUGCCUCAGUUCCCUCUGGAUCAGAGAAGAAAGAAUACCCUGUUGAUCCAUCUCUUCCAGACAUCAAGAAUAGCAUCUACUCAACUGAUGAGUUCCGGAUGUAUUCGUUCAAGGUAAGGCCUUGUUCGCGUGCUUACUCCCAUGAUUGGACAGAGUGUCCAUUUGUUCAUCCAGGUGAAAAUGCUCGAAGAAGGGAUCCCAGGAAGUACCAUUAUAGUUGUGUUCCAUGCCCUGAUUUUCGCAAAGGGGCGUGUAGACGUGGUGAUAUGUGUGAAUAUGCGCAUGGUGUUUUUGAAUGCUGGCUACACCCUGCUCAGUAUCGAACCCGGCUAUGUAAAGAUGGUACUAGUUGUGCAAGAAGAGUCUGCUUCUUUGCCCACACUGCUGAGGAGUUGCGGCCUCUAUAUGUUUCUACUGGUUCUGCAGUUCCAUCUCCUCGUUCAAGUACCUCUGGUGCUUCUGCUAUGGAUUUUGCUGCAGCACUCAGUCUUUUACCUGGAUCACCUUCAUCUGUAUCAGUUAUGUCCCCAUCACCAUUCACACCUCCCAUGUCUCCUUCUGCUAAUGGCAUGUCGCACUCUAAUAUGGGCUGGCCACAACCUAAUGUACCUGCUUUGCAUCUUCCUGGGAGCAGUCUUCAGUCUAGUCGCCUGAGAUCCUCUCUUAAUGCAAGAGACAUUCCGGUAGAAGACUACAAUUUGUUGUCAGAUUUUGAUGUGCAGCAACAGCAGCUACUGAAUGAGUUUUCUAGCCUCAAUCAGCCUUCUCUUAGUUCUAAUUCUUUGAACAGAUCUGGUCGAAUGAAGACCCUGACCCCAUCAAAUCUUGAUGACCUCUUCUCUUCUGAGAGUUCUUCUCCUCGAUUCUCUGAUCAAGCAUUAGCUUCAGCUGUUUACUCCCCAACCCACAAAUCUGCUGUUCUCAGUCAGUUUCAGCAGCAGCAGAGCAUGUUGUCACCGAUAAAUACAAAUUUUUCUCCAAAAAAUAUUGAAAACUCUUUGUUGCAGGCCUCUCUUGGGGUGCCAUCAUCUGGUAGGAUGUCCCCCCGAAAUGUGGAACCUAUAUCACCAAUGAGCUCUCGGGUGUCCAUGUUAGCUCAACGUGAGAAGCAACAACAAUUUCGUAGCCUGAGCUCUCGGGAACUUGGCUCUGGCUCCAAUGUUGUUGUUGGCUCCCCGGUAAAUUCUUGGUCAAAGUGGGGAUCUUCUAAUGGGAAGCCAGACUGGGCUGUCAAUGCAGAUGAGUUAGGCACACUACGCAGGUCAUCAUCAUUUGAGCUUGGCAAUGGAGAGGAGCCUGAUCUAUCCUGGGUUCAAUCUCUUGUUAAGGAAUCUCCAACUGACAUCAGAGAAAAGCUGGCAGCACCAAUCCAAGGCGUUUCAACCGGUGGUUCUGCAGGUGAGAGUUUGAAUAUGAACUCUCAGAUAGAUAUUGAUUCAGUAGAUCAUGCUGUGUUGGGAGCAUGGCUCGAGCAAAUCCAGCUUGAUCAGCUUGUGGCCCAGCAAAACUGAAAUCAGUUUCACUGAGCCCUGAGGUAGAACAGAAAGGUUUUGGUAAAUAACAUAUAAUUUUUUUUCAAGUUUUUGGGAUUUUGUUGGUUAUGAAUGUGCACAAGGUGAAGAAGGCAAUUGGGGAAGUCAGUUGCCAAGGGAAAUUCAUUUUCACCAUUUAUUAUUACAAAAAAAAAAAAAAAAAAAAGUUGAGUAAACCCCUGGAUUAUGUUUAAACAAAUUACACCCAGUCUAGGUCUUUAUAUUUCAAAAUUAGAUUAUUAUAUUGUCAUUUGAUUUUUUUUGCUGUUCUAUGACCGACUUUGGUCAAUAUCAAUGAAAUCAAAAUCCUAUCUUUCCCUUACCCUCUUUCUAGUUAUAUUUAUUGUCACCUUUGAUAAAAGAUCAUCUGAGGGUGGAUCAAGAAGUUGUCAGUUCAAGGGGUUGGAUUGCUUCCCGGAAAAUGGUCCAUAUUUUGGGGAUAAGCAAGGAAAUUUUGUUUCUUCUAAUUUAGUUUGGAGUCAAUAAUUCUGACCAGGGUGGAGAAAUUAUGAUCCUCCGAUGUGGAUGUAACAUUCAA